AUGGCAGGUCGGGGUGCCGCGGCCAAGGAGCAACCCGAAUCAACUCGAGAGGGCACGGCAGCGAGCGCCUGGGUGUCAUCGCUGGCUGGGGGAGUGGCGGGCUCGGCAUCUCGUUUUGCCACCAACCCUUUUGAUGUCCUUAAGAUUCGAAUGCAGCUGCAGGCGGAGCCCAUUCGGCGUGGCCAGGCAGCUGGCAAAUACCAAGGCGUAGUCCACUGCCUUCGCACCAUUGUGACAGAAGAGGGCGUGCAGGCACUUUGGAAGGGUCACCUAGCCUCACAGCUCCUGACCAUUACCUACUGUGCCGUUCAGUUUCCCGUCUAUGAAACAUUGGUGGCGCAGACACGAACACACUUGACCAACCAAGCCUUGGCUGCCCGACAACUUGUGCUCCUGGACUUGCCCGACGAUGCUCUGAUUCGCAUUUUUCGCCACCUCUCCUACCGUGACCUCUCGGUCUUGGCCCAGACUUGCGUCCGAUUUGCUCGUCUUUCCCAACUGCCAAGUCUGCAAUGCCAUGCCUCUUUCAACAAUGAGUGGCCCAUUCCUCGGACCAUGCCCGCCUACCAACGUGCCAUUUCCCAUUCAAACCUGCAUGCCACCAUCAAGCUUGGCGUCGCCCGGCUCUACGGUGAAGGUGUCGAUGCCAAUGACGUGGAGGCAGCCCACUGGUUAAUUCAGGCCGAAGCCGUCUUGCCGCCGUGUGCGCCCUUUAUUUGGAUGCUCUUCCGACCGCCGUGGUCCAGCGACAGCUGCUCCAAGGCCAAGAUCUACAAGUUCCUGCGCAAGGAAGUGGAUGAAUUCACCGGAGGCGAGUACGAGCGAACGUGCACCAUUGGUCGACUUGCCUACUGUGUUGGCCGAACCCUUGAACUUGCCGAGAACCCACAAAUGACCGAGGCCGAGCGUUAUUACCGCAUUUCCCUCGACUGCCACUGCUCCCAUGCCGCCCUUCGCCUCGUGGAUAUUUGCGGUCGCAUUGAUGCUAACUUCUCAACGUUGGAUCGCAUGGCUCUGUGCCUCAAGGCUUCCAGCUUGGACAAUGAUUUUGCUGAUCUAGCACUGAUUGGGAACUAUGUCAACCGUGACUACGGGAAUCGCACCCCUCACGAAUGCAUGGCCUUUAGCCGCGAGGCUUUUGCUCGCGGUGCUGCCCCGGUUCGCCGAGGGGGCUUGCGGCAACCUGAUUUGGAUCGCGAAGGCAAAAUGCGCUUUAUUCUGAUGGAUUGGCUCAUCGAGGUGGCCGACCUGAAAACCUUUGGUGGUGAAACGUUGUUUGUGGCCAUGGAUCUGGUUGAUCGCUUUCUCCAGCAUUGCCGCAUCACUCGCAAGACGCUUCAGCUCCUGGGCAUUGCGUGCAUGGUCAUGGCUGCCCGCUACCUUGAGGAGGGCGUGAUUACCAUCCGCGAAGCGGCUUGGCUGACUGAUAGCAUGUACAGCUAUGAUCAGAUUGUGCGCACCAUUGGACAAGUCCUUGUUGACGUGUCGGGCAACGUUAUCAGGCCCACCACCUUUCACUACCUCAAUCUCCUUCUCCAGAUUGGCGGUGCUACACCCGCCGUCUUUCUUCUGGGCCAGCACAUGGCCGAAGCUCUCAUUCUAACCAUCCCUCUCACCGAGUUUCCCCCGGCCAAGCUGGCAGCCGCCAUGGCCUGCUGCACCUUUGCCUUGGCGGGUGUGCCUCAGCCUUGGUCUUCCACCAUGGAGCGCUGGAGUGGCCUCGAACUUCGCACCAUCUAUGAUCUGGCCAUCAAGUGCUUUUCUUUGUUUCGGAAACAGGAACGUGUUGUGGAUCACCGUGGCACCGAGCUGCGAGCAGUCAAGGACCGAUACAAUCGGCAAGUGUCUAUCAAGGACGUCGCCAAUCUAGCUCGAGAGAGCACGCUGAGCCUCGAGGAAUUCCAGGCCAUGCUUGAUGAAAACAUGGAGCUGGAUCGCGACUCAAAGCGCGAGGCUGAGUUGACAAAGCGAGCGGAGAACCGCCGUCUCGCCGCUGAGGAUGAGGCUCAGACGAGCAAAUAUGCACAGCUCAAGUCGGCCAAUAAGAAGGACAAGAAUGCGGCUUUCCGCCCAAAGGCUAAACGUGAGAAGGAGGCAGCUCUGGCCGCAGCCAAAGAACGUCAAAAGCAAGGUGGUGCAGUGGCCGAGCAGAGCGAUUUGACGGAAAACCUGAACCGCCUCUCGAUGGAGGGGGCGGCAACCAACGUGGAUGAUGCCCUGCGUGUCCUCUCUGGCGAAGCUUCGGGCAGCUCGGUGGAGAAGAUGACGUUUUCCGAAUUUGAGGCCCAGGUCCUGCCUGAACUCAAGGUGUGUCGAUGCGUCCCCAGAAAAGAGUUGAUGCCCAUCGGGUGA